AUGGGUAAACGUUCUCUUGAAGUACGCAUAAGCGAUGAUAUUUCGGAAACAAAACCUGAUAUUCAAGGUCCUGUCUUAGCUUCUUUUCAGGGGGUUUCGCCACCCCAAGAUGUUGGUUUUCGUACUUACAAGAGUGCGAAUGGUAGACGAUCGAUGGUCGUGGGAGAAAAUCCCAGAGUAAUAUACGAAUCGAACGAGUUUAAUACCGAUCAAUCUUCCGAGUAUUUAGUUGCCAUAUAUAAUAAGAAAGAAAAUUCGGUUACUUUUAGUUCUGUUCCUGUUAUUGAUUUGGUUCCUAUUCCAAAACGUAUUAAGAUGGAAGAACCUAAGGAUUCAAUUAAGCAUGAUGACUAUAUUAUGGCGAAAGCGGCACUUGAUAAAGAAUUUGGUUCAAAGAAAGCACAAGCAAAGAUUCUUGCAUUUGAAAGAGGCAAUAUUGAUGCUUCACAAGUGCGUGAUGUUGAAAAAAUAGUUUCAAAUAUUGAAGAAAAUGUAAAAACUAUGAAAACUAAAGAAAAGAUAAAAGCUGAUAUGGAAUCAAGUCGUCCAAUACCACCGUACGAUAUCAGUGCAACCAAAGUUACUGACAUAUAUAAUAUGGAUAAUAUCGUGACACCUACUGAAUUUGAUGCAAUUCCUGUUGCCUCUAUUUUAAACGCUAAACACGAAUCUCAAAGAUUGAGUUUGCUACCAUUCAAGUCCUCAAAAUAUGUCAAUUUUCGUCUUUUUAGUUCUUUAGAUGCGAAAAAUGUCAAUUUAAAGCGUAUACGCUUGUUAUUAUAUAUCAACUAUUUGAUGGCAUUCAAAUCAGUUUCUCAUGAUGUACUUAAUAAUAGACAAGAAAUGUCAAUUAAGAUGAAUGAACCACCGGAUAUCAUUUUGACUAACCUUUACGAUCGAUUUACUGAGAUGACUUUUGUCAAGUCAGGAGGACGAAAGAAAUAUAAGUUCACUCCAAAAGCUGAAGAAAAACUAUUAUGCUACAUGUUUACGCUUUGUCUAAUUCUUGACGAUUUUCGUCUUGAUCCAGAGCAAUUGGCUUGUGAUUUAGGAUUAACUACUAAAAGGGUUCAUAAUUUAUUUAAAGCACUCGGAUGUAAAAUUAUACCUAUAAAUAAACAAGAAAUAGAGUCGCUGGGACUUAAAAUUUCACAAGCAAAAGGAAUAAAACGCGCUGUACUGACUGUCCCACUUAAACUUCCAGAAUAUAAAGACAAACGAAAUAGAUAA